CUGAAUUUCCUUUUAACACCAUCUGCCUCGUACAAGUCUCAGACACGAGCAAGAGCUCACACUCCAGGCUUGAUCCUUCCCAAAGCAAGAGAUGAGCCAGAGCCCGACCCCUGCACCAGGCAACAGUCAUUAGACACGGGAUGAGCUGGAGCCGCAGGAUUCUACUUGGAGGCUUAACUGGAAUUAUCGAGCUUUCACUGCUGACAGUGUGGGACUGAUCUCCUUCCCUGGGUCUGUGAGUACAAAGUCCCUCUCCAUGGCUCUGUCUGUUCCCAGUCACCCCAACCCGAUUGAAAGGGCUUUCCGUUGUGACUCCCUUCAGAUGUGCCCCCCAGCUGUACCCCCUUAUUUCCCUCCAUUCCUGCCCCCCAGUCAGUACAUGAAUAUUCUGGCCACUCCUCGUGACAUGUUCAACCCUCUGAAGUCCCUGGGCAGGUUGGUCACCAACUCCUCUCACUUGGGGCCCUUCAACUUCCGAGACCUCCCAAAUUUACUGAAUCAAAGCUCCCCCCAAAAUGAUGCGCAACUGCACCCGCUCCUGGGAGCCUAUUCCCUCCUGACUAAGGUUCAGCAACAGCAGCAGCAACAGACUGUCUCCCACAGCAAACACGACUCUCUUGGCUCCGACCCCAAUAGCCCAGAGAACCCCAAAUCUCCCAUAGUCCCCAAAAAGUGCAAAAAUGUGUCCCUGAGUGUCCCCAGCCUACAGGUGAGACCCACUCGCACUUACCACUUUACAGAAGAAGACUUACACUCAGUGCUCUAUGGAUACACCUACGGCGGCGACCCCAGGACAAGUCACCAGGGAGUCUCACACGCCCUGUCUGGUCUGAGGAUUCCUGCCCCCAGUUCUACAGGGCUGGAUCCCCACAUACUGGACAGGGACUCGUUGCAGUUGCCAGAAGGUCUGACAGUGCUGGACACUUCCUAUGGGACUUUGCCCAAAUCUGGAGUUUUCUGCAAGAACCUCAUCCCUAAAGGAGCCAAGUUCGGUCCAUUUCAAGGCAAAGUGGUGCAUCCGAGUGAAAUAAAGACUUAUGGGGACAACUCGCUCAUGUGGGAGAUCUUUAAUGAGGGGCGACUCAGUCACUUUAUAGACGGAAAAGGGAGCGCGGGGAACUGGAUGACCCGAGUCAAUUGCGCCCGUUUUCCUGAGGAGCAGAAUCUGAUUGCGCUGCAGUGCGAUGGGGAGAUUUACUAUGAGUCGUGCAAAGAGAUUCUCCCCGGGCAGGAGCUGCUCGUCUGGUACGGGGACGGUUAUCUGCAAUUCCUCGGCAUCCCACUCAGUCUCAAGGGCCUGGGGGAAGGAAGGCCGCAAUAUCCACCCACUGAAGAGACGGCGUCUGCGGAGGGAUACAAGUGCGAGCGAUGCGGAAAAGUGUUCGCCUAUCGCUAUUACCGGGACAAACACCUCAAGUACACACGCUGUGUGGAUCAGGGGGACAGAAAGUUCCCGUGUCAUCUGUGCAACAGGUCGUUUGAGAAACGGGAUCGACUGCGGAUUCACAUUCUUCAUGUACACGAGAAGCACCGACCCCACAAGUGCACUGUGUGUGGGAAAAGCUUCUCCCAGUCCUCCAGCCUGAACAAGCACAUGAGGGUUCACUCCGGGGAGAGGCCGUACAAGUGCGUCUACUGCAACAAGGCAUUCACGGCGUCCAGCAUCCUCCGCACACACAUCCGACAGCACUCGGGGGAGAAACCCUUCAAAUGCAAACAUUGUGGAAAAGCCUUUGCGUCACAUGCCGCCCACGACAGCCACGUACGUCGCACUCACACCAAAGAAAAGGGCUUCGUCUGUUCCCAGUGUGGGAAAACCUUCCUGGAAAUGGAGGAAUUGCGGUAUCACAUGCAAAUCCACUCCAGCCUCUAGCGAGUCCUCCGCCGACCCCCCCCAUCCCUCCGCCUCCUUUGGACUGUGCCAACCUUAAUUUAUUAUUGUUUUCAAGAAGACACUUAUUUAUACAAUAUUCUGUGAAGAAAUGUAUGUUCAGAUAUUAUGGAAUGUUAUAUAAGGAUUCAAGCCUCCUAUAGCAAAUGUACACUUAAUUUAUUUCAGAUUUAUGCCUCAGAAUGACAUGGCUCAUUAAAUAUGGUAUCAGACUA